GGGGAGGGCGGGAAGCGGGGAGAAGCAGCGCCAGUGGUGAGGGAGAGAGGUGGAGUUUGGGAAGCAGGGGCCACAAAGGGACGAAGUACGAGGGGGGCUGUCGGAGUUGGGGAAGAAGCGUUAUUUGUGGUGUAAAGCUCCUGGUAGUUUUAGGCCCUGGAGCUUCAGCACUGCACUAGCCCUCCCAGGAUUCAUGUCCCCCAGGCAGAGCUCGCCCACCUCACACGAACCCUCUUUAAUUAGUCUCAUAAAACAGUGAGGCGGGGGGAGAUAAGGAGAACGGGGAUCAGACCAAGUGAAGUUUUUGUCGUUAUGCAACUUAUUUCUGUCUUCGGAACCAUGAAACGCAGAGCGGUCAGUUUCACUUUCUGGUUCCCAGGCUCCCUACUGCAGUGUUUCAUUUGUUUACUUCAGCACAGGGGCUGAACUUAACUUCUGGAGGUCUCUCCAGCCCUGCAUUUCUAUGGGGAAAUGUUUAAAUCCAGGGGUAACAGUCUCCGUGUCAUGACAACCUUUCCAGCAGUUUGGGUUUUGUAAAGGGUCACCAACUUCUUUUAAAAAGUUAAAUUUUGAGCCUGGCCUAAGCAAAGGUGCCCUUGCAAUGAAAACAGUUCUUUUUAUUAUAAAGUUAACAUACUUACCCUGAGAAUAAAUUCUCUCUGCAAAAGAAAGUUGGGUUUGAAGAAAGAAAAGGACAUGACAAUAGUCAGAGACCUCACUGGGGAUUAAGGUACAGAGAGAUUAAGUGAUCUCCUGCAUCCCAGUUUAGUGACCUAGCAACAAAGACCUGCUUUCCUAAUGGCACAAAAGCUGAGACACUGACACCAGAACAGAUAACAGAGUACAAAGGCGUCUUCGAGAUGUUUGAUGAGGAGGGCAAUGGGUUAGUGAAAACAGAUGAUCUGGAGAAGCUUAUGAGCUUGAUGGGAAUCAACCCAACCAAGAGAGAGCUGGCGACAAUGGCAAAGGAGGUGGACAAAGACAAUAAGGGCACCUUGAACUGCGACAGUUUUCUGGUUUUGAUGGGCAUUUACCAUGAAAAGGCUAAAAACCAGGAUGAAGAGCUGAGGGCUGCAUUCAAGGUCUUUGAUAAGGAGCACAAAGGCUACAUUGAUUGGAAUACACUCAAGUAUGUACUGAUGAAUGCCGGAGAGCCACUAAAUGAACGGGAGGCUGAACUGAUGAUGAAAGAAGCUGAUAAAGAUGGAGAUGGAACCAUUGAUUAUGAAGAAAAAACAAUGAUGCAUUUCUUUAUUGGGGAAAGAAAAUGCACAUGAAGGAUGACGUGCACUUUCUCAGGAGGGUGAUGUCGCUUGUGCAAACAGGUUUAAUGCAAAUCACACACCAAAUGAAAGCAUCAAAGAAGCUUUUUAAAGCUAUUAUGUAAUUCUGAAGUAGGAUAUACUACUUUUUGGCUAAUAAUUUGGCUAAGCAUGUCUAUAAGCUCCUGCUUGCACUCACGCUUUGAUAUGGCUGCAUUAGUAUUUGAACUGCUGGUGCAAAAAUAUAAAAGAGUUUGCCUGCUACCUUCUGCAAAGAUAUCAUUUUAUUUUUUAUCAUCUGAAUAAUUUUGUAAGUGUGAUGCAUCAUCAAAGAGCAUGAAACGUUAAUUUAGCAGAAAAAUACAGAAUGCUGCUAAACUGUCUCUAUUAUUUUAGUAUUAUAGUUCUCUAAGCGGUGCCUGGGAGACCGCAGCUAAUAACACAACACUGUUUUAUUCAAACUAAGAAUGGUUCCAAAUGGGAUACGGGGAGAGUUAAUUAUCCUAAGUGACCUGCACACUUGAGAUGAUCACUAAUUGAUACAUGCUACCUAUGUUGCUACACUCAUCAGCAUCAGUUUUCUGUGGUUGUUGAUGUUGCGUCCCCCUCAUUUCCUUUUAAGAACUAGAAACUUAGUAAAUCUGCAUAGAUACAAUUCUUUAUACAUUAUUCAGUUCAUAAUUGUGACAGUCUGCAUUCCUACAUCCACCCCUUUUUCAAGGCUAUGAUACAGUUUGUCUAAACUAUGCCUUGUAAGCUAUCUGAAAAUUCAUGAUUUGCUGAUCAUUAUUAUCCUGGGAAAAUAUGUAUGGCAACAUUGUAUGUAAAGUUUUAAUAUUCUACUAUAUGAUGUUACUAAAACAUAUUCCAAAUCUGGGGAAGCAGCCACAAACCACUUCGUCUGAGAUAAAAGGCAAACUGGCACCUCAGCCAGGUGUCAAUGAAAUUAAAUGGGUUAUCACCUGGUUAAGUGGCCAUUCUUUGGCAAGAAAAACGGUGUGAGCAAGAAAUUUACAUCUUGUCAAAGAAAUAAGCUGGAGGUUCCUGUCCCCACAGACUUUCUGUCUCCUGAACCCCAGCUGGAGAUGAUUCUCAAAGAAGAGGGAAAAGUAUACAAACGGAGAACAGACACCGCCAAGCUAUCUCUCCCUUCCUCUCUCCUCAUGGCAUUGACAAUACUUGAAGGACAAAGGAAGCAUCAUUGAACUGAGGGAGAUAUCCUGCCUGAAAAGAAUUCAACCAGUAAUAUUGCUAGAACAUGUGGUGAGAGAGACUUUUGCUUUGAAUUCACUUUAGCUUGUAAAGUUAGGUGUUGUUUUUUACCUUUUAUUUCUUUGUGACCAGUUCUAACUUUUAUGCUUCAUUACCUGUAAUCACUUAAAAUCUAUCUU